AGAAGACAUGCCAGACUUAUGUGUUUUGUGCUUAAAGCCCUUCACAGACGUAGGAGUAUCCAAAUUCAAACUAAUUCAUAUUAAAAUUAGCAGAUAUAUGUAAAAUAUACCCUACUUCACGAGUAUCCAUCACACUUUCACGUCUACUGAGGUGAACAGCUGAUUAGCAAGUGACAUUUUUGUGUUACCGCGCCCGCGUUGUGUAAUUAAGCCACAUCACAGAAAAAUUAGGAAUGACAAUGACACAUCAGUGUGCUGAAGUGAAUUUCGUCGUUUUAUUUUACAUUUAUUAGGUUUUUGAGACAUAACGUAGGUUUUUCUACAAGAUGUUAACUUAACACAAGCUGCAGUACACUUGUUAUGAAGUCGUUUUGUAGCUGUACGAUAAUAGCGAGCAAAUUUGGAAUGAAGUAUUUGCACACUAAAAACUAAGUAGUCUGCAAAAAGACAUUUUGUCAUUUUUUUUACGUUAUUAAGGGUUUUUACAUAAUACCUCUGAGGGUCUCUGGUUUCGAGGAUUGUAGGCGAUCCUGAUGGAAAGAAACUACGUCUGUGAGCGCCCUAAUAAAGACUGUGCUUAUUUGCAGUGCCUGCCAAUAAAGGAACAAGGAACAAAAAAGCACUAAGAAAAAUGACAUACGUGUCAGUGUCAAUCACCUCUCUUUCUUUCUGUGUCUGACUCUUUCUAAUUGAAGAGUGUAGUAAGAAUGGCUCCUGGAACUCUCUACAGCUACCCUGACAAUUUUCGUGCGGCGAAAGCCCUUAUCGCUGCUCAGUAUUCGAAGGAAAAUGUCAAGCUAGCCACUAAUUUCGUUUUUGGUGAAACCAACAAGACCAAAGAAUUUCAACAGAAGUUCCCUGGCGGUAAGGUGCCAGCUUUCGAAGGAAACGAUGGAAAGUGCUUACAAGACAGCAACGCAAUUGCAUACUAUGUAGCCAACGAUCAACUAAGAGGAAAAACUGAAUAUGACAGAUCACAGAUCUUGCAAUGGAUUGGUUUUGCUGAAGGAGAAAUCUUGCCAGCAGCCUGUGCAUGGGUGUUUCCAGUGCUUGGCAUCAUAAAAGUCGAACCUGACACUCAAGAGGCCUUCAACCGUGCAAAGAAUGACCUUAAGGAUGCGUUGUCUAUUUUAAAUAGCCACUUACUAGCUCAUACUUUUCUUGUGGGAGAACGCAUUACUCUAGCCGACAUUGUUGUUGCCUGUAACUUGCUGAACCCUUACAAGUUUGUGCUCGAUCCUAACUGCAGAAAAGUCUUUGUUAAUGUCAACCGAUGGUUCAACACAUUAGUUCACCAGCCUGAGUUCAAGGCAGUUCUGGGAGAAGUUACUCUGUGCAGCAAAACAGCUCAGAUUCAAGCAUCAGGCGCACAAGGGCAAGAUGGUAAAUCAAAGAAGAAGGAGGAAAAGAAAGAAAAGAAACAACAGCAACCUAAGAAGGAAACGCCGAAAAAAGAAAAAGAGCCAGAAGAAGAAAUGGAUGCAGCAGAUGCACUUCUUGCAGAAGAGCCCAAAAGCAAGGAUCCGUUUGAUGCCAUGCCCAAAGGAACAUUCAACAUGGAUGACUACAAGCGUUUCUAUUCCAAUGAAGAUGAGAAGAAAUCCAUUCCUUAUUUCUGGGAAAAGUUUGAUCCUAAACAUUACUCUAUUUGGUAUUGUGAAUAUAAAUACCCUGAAGAACUUGCUAAGGUAUUCAUGAGCUGUAACCUCAUCACAGGCAUGUUUCAACGGUUAGACAAGAUGCGUAAACAGGCUUUUGCAUCAGUUUGUCUGUUUGGAGAAGAUAACAACAGCUCCAUAUCCGGUAUUUGGGUAUGGAGAGGCGAUGAGUUAGCGUUCAAAUUGAGUCCAGACUGGCAAAUCGACUAUGAAUCCUACGAUUGGAAGAAACUAGAUCCAAAAAGUGAAGAAACAAAAAAAUUAGUAGAGCAGUACUUUUCGUGGACUGGUACAGAUAAGCAAGGAAGGAAGUUUAACCAAGGAAAGAUCUUUAAAUAAUCUAAUUUAUUAUUUUGCAAUGUUGCUUUACUGCCCUCCAUAUUACAAUUCUAUGAGGAUAAUGUGAAUAAACGUGUUUUAUGGAGGUACUUUUUUAAAAAAUAAAUUGUUUCUUAAAAUUUCUUUUACACUCUGUUUUCCUUUUGUAAAAUAUAUUAUCAAUCAUAGUUGGAUGGUUUCAUUGGGAUACAAUGCUUAGUUUUUGUGAAGAAAGCAGUUUAUGUGAGCUGAGUAGUAC